GUCCUGAGCACGACCGAAGGUCGGAGCGUUUUUUGCAAGAUGGCAGCGUCUACAGCCCAGGUGCUUUCUCUGUAUCGCAAGCUUAUGAAAGAAAGCAGUAAAUUUCCCUCUUAUAAUUACAGGACGUACGCCUUGCGCCGGGUGCAAGAUGCCUUCAGGGCAAACCGGAGUGUAGAAGACCCUAAGAUGGUGGAGCAGCUCUUAAACCAGGGCAGGGACAACCUAGACAUGAUCCGGAGACAGGUUGCCAUAGGCAAGAUGUACCCGACCCAGAAGACUAUUGUUGAGGGGUAGGGUUCGAAGAGAAACCACCGUUGGGCAUUGAUGCAUUGAUGGAGUGUCUCAGAACGAGAGGAAACGAUGCCCAAGAGACCAUGGGAGACAGAGCACUGAACCUCAACCUCACUUUCCCUUUCACACAGAAGCUUUAUUUUCCGACGCCCUCAUUGGAUGGAUAGGGGGAAAGCCUAUGGGUUGGGCCUACUUUGUCCGACAUCAAAUUGUUCUUUAUCUCUAGACCAGUGUUCCCAACCCUCCACAUUUUUGUUCUAGCCCUGCACUGAUACACAUUAUUCAACUAGACAGGGGCUUGCUGAUGUAGUUGAUCAUGUUAAUGUGUCAGUGCAGCCCUAAAACAAAAAUGUGGACUAUCUAGCGUUCCCCACGAGAGGGUUGGGAAACACUGCCCUAAACAUUUUGUGAUGGACUGUCGUAGAUCUGAAAGCAUCAGAUAGGCAUUAAAUAUUGCUCACACCUUUAUAUAUAUAUAUAUAGUGGGAAGAGACAAGGGGAUGGUUGAUUUCCGACUUGGCAACUGUGCAGCGUUGACGACGUAACGAUUGUCCUUGGUCCCUAUAUACUGUACCCUCUUCACCAUACUAAAAUAAUGAGCUUCUUUUGUGAGCUGUAAGAGUUGUAGCAGUGCAACGGUGUACACACGGUCUUGAUUCGCUGUUAUAUUUUUCUAUUGUGUGUUGUAUAUAUGAUUUAUCGUCAUGUAAGAUGAUGUAUAAACAGAUUAAAGAUAUGCGGAUCUGAAUCGCA